AAAGCCACGCCUCUAUAUUUUUUCCUCCGUGCGUUCUUGUUCGCGACAAACGCCGCUCGUGUUUGGGAUUCCGCGUUUUCUCUCAAAAACCUGCAAAGGGUUUCAUCAAAGGGAGGGAAAGUCGUGCGGAUUGCUCUGAGGCAGGUUUCCGGUGGAAAGGCGGCCGAAGGAGCGGAAGCGGCGGCCGGAGCGUUUGAGAGGUGUGCUGUGGCCGGAGCCGUCAUCAUUGCGUCGGAGUGGAGUUGCCGUGGCAGCCCUGAUGGAGGGCAGGAGGAUGGUGGGGAUGGGGAGGGGCUUGGGGACGGACCAGACCGGGGUCUGGAUGGCGACCCGGAGGGAGUGUGGAGCCCAGACAUUGAGCAGAGCUUUCAGGAAGCUCUGGCAAUCUACCCGCCCUGCGGCCGGAGGAAGAUAAUACUGUCAGACGAGGGCAAGAUGUACGGUCGCAAUGAACUGAUAGCUCGCUACAUCAAGCUGCGUACAGGAAAGACACGAACACGCAAACAGGUGUCUAGUCACAUACAGGUUCUGGCACGCAAGAGGGUACGAGAAUAUCAGGCGGGCAUCAAGGCCAUGAACUUGGACCAGGUAUCCAAAGAUAAGGCCUUACAGACUGUAGCCAACCUCUCAUCCGCUCAGAUUGUCUCUGCUAGCGUGAUGAAACCCCAAGCUCCCUUCCCUCCACCCGUCAGGUUUUGGCCAAGUCCGAUCCCAGGACAGUCUGGACAUUCUCAGGACAUCAAGCCCUUUGCACAGCCCCCAUACACUACAUUACCUGCUCCUGUCCCCACGGCCAUCAGUUAUGAGCCCAUGCCAACCCCUCGUCCUGCAGCUGUACCAACGGCACUAUGGCAGGACAGAACCAUCGCCUCGGACAAGCUACGCCUGCUGGAGUACUCUGCCUUUAUGGAGGCGCAAAAAGACAACGAAACGUAUAAACACCUUUUCGUACACAUCAGCCAGUCAGACCCGGGCUUCAGUGACCCUGUGUUGGAGUCUGUAGACGUCAGGCAGAUCUACGACAAGUUCCCCGAGAAGAAAGGAGGCCUGAAGGAGCUUUAUGAGAACGGACCGCACAACGCUUUCUUCCUGGUCAAGUUCUGGGCGGAUCUGAGCGGUGACAUAGAGGAGGGUCCCGGUGUAUUUUAUGGUGUUAGCAGUCAGUACAGUGGGACAGAGAACAUCACCAUCAGCGUCUCUACCAAAGUUUGCUCCUUUGGCAAACAGGUGGUUGAGAAAGUUGAGACGGAAUAUGCCCGAGUGGAAGGGGGGAAGUGUAUGUUUCGUAUUCACCGCUCCCCGAUGUGUGAAUACAUGAUAAACUUCAUCCAUAAACUCAAACACCUGCCAGAGAAAUAUAUGAUGAACAGUGUACUGGAGAACUUCACCAUCCUACAGGUGGUGUCAAACAGAGAAACACAAGAAACUCUGCUCUGCAUCGCCUUUGUGUUUGAGGUGUCCACCAGUGAACACGGAGCCCAAUACCACGUUUACCGGCUGGUUAAGGACUAGACCUCAGGCCGGCACCAGGCUAUGUACAUGCAGAGACUCUCUCCAUAGACUUUCUGACACACAUAACACUAACGUUUGCAUACACAGAUCCCCGUCAUAACGGAUAGAGCCAGAGUCAUAGCGCCAUCACACUGGCUGAGUGAAUGCAUCUGUCGCUGCCACCAACCAUCGGCACAUUCAUGCGAGGAUCCUGUGGUUUGAAGUUAAAUUCAUUUGGUGUAGCUUUUGAGGGUUUAUUCUUGUUGGAAAUCAUAAUUAGUAAGUUUUCUUAAGUUUUUGUAAGUAAUGAAUAAGUUUUGUGGUGUUUUCUUUCUGUAAUUAAGCAGCCACAAAAGUAAAUCAACAUGUAAAAUAUAUUCAGCACAUUAUUCACUGUCUGGUUUAAGAGAUCACCGUUCAGCUGAACUAUUACAUCAUUUUAACUGCAUUUUUAUACACACAAAGGUCAAGUUGCAAGCGUCACAGAAGUUAUCACAGAUGGGAUAAAACUGUCCGCUUUAACAGGUGUGUAGUUUCACACAGUAGGACUUAUUUUUUCCAACAUCCAACAUAUGCAAUGCUUAACAUUGCAAAUGAAGACAACGCAUCGAUUUGUUACUUAUGGGCCUUCUCAUUUACAUGGAGCGUCCAUCGGAGAGCAUUUGCACUCAAUUUGAUAGGGGUGAUUGACAGUUUUAGGGAUGUUUGAGACCCCGUGAUAAAUUAUGCAUCCUGUCAGCGUUCAUUUAACUACACUAUAACAGAUGUUCCCUUGUUGUGUAGGAACUGAAUGGCUUGCUUUAGUUGGUUUUACAAACUAAAACUGGGGGAUCGUCUAGAGCAGCGGUCCCCAACCACCGGGCCACGGACCAGCACCGGGCCGCAAAGCAUUUGCUACCGGGCUGUGAGGAAACUAUAUAAUGCGUCAAAAAAAGAAAAAAAAAAGAAAAAAGAAAAGAAAAAAGGAAAAAAAUAUUUUAAAAAAUCUGAAUAAUAAACAUAUUAACAUUAUAGGCUAUUUGUGCGGUAAUUACGUUGAACUUGGCACGGUCUGUCUGUGCUUCACCUUUCCUCACCAUUCCCUGUCACGCCCACAACAGGAUGAGGAUACUGAUGUUGAACUUGGAGUAAUGCAACGCACGCGAGGUCAUCAGUCAGUUGCAACUAGCUAGCUACCGUGAGUCAAAAAACAACGUCGCUCGAGUUUCUUCAGGAGAGGUAGGAGAGAUGAAAGGUCCAACGAUGAUAACGCAGAGACAGCAGAGGCUGAGACUGCAAAAAAAAAAAGAAAGUUUCCUUCAAAAGGAAAUGCAACGAGUCGUACCUACAAUACGUCUUUAUUGCCACCGAUGACUCGCAUGUCAUGACCAUCUUGUUGCAGGGAAACAAGCCCAGGGCUCCCACUGAUUGAGUGAUAUUGGUAAGUUGCAAUGUUUUUAAAGUGUUCAUGCGAGGAAAAUAUGCGCUGUGUUUAAUAUCCAAACGUUACUUAAAUGUUAUUAUGCUAUUGACUAACUUAUAUUCCAGUCGUGAUCCCCCGCGACCGGUCCGCAAGAAUAUUGUCAAUAUUAAACCGGUCCGCCAUGCAAAAAAAGGUUGGGGACUCCUGGUCUAGACAAGAGUCCGACCUCGCCUCUAACCAUAAAGUCCAGUUAGCCCGAGUUUAAAGACAUUACAUGUUUUCAGUGUAAAAGUUAAGUUAAUGUAUAAAUGAGUGCCCUGUGGUAUACAAACGGGGAGGCCCUCCACCAUUUCACAGGGAGCGCUAGAUAGCUGCUCAAGUUUUCCAGUGGUACUUAAUGUUAAGGGAAAAACGUUAAGGUCAAAGCCUGUGCACAAAUUGUUUGGGUGGAUUUUUCUCCUUAAACACAAAGGAAUUGGGUAAAACCGUUUUCCUGACGGCGGAUCAGUCAAUUUGCCAUCAAAUCAUCAGCAGUCUCCAUAUUUUGCCAUGUAUAUUUUUUAUGUUUCUCACACUAACGUGGCAGCCGAAGCUUGAACGAACGAACAGACGCUGUCCAUUGAAAACGAUACUGUUGUGUUUUCAGCUUGAAAGCGUGUGGGCUGGCUGCAGUAUUUCUACCUCCACAUGGGUUGUGAUAAGAAUGUGUUCUGGUUCAUUAAGCCUUAACCUGAGCAGCACUGAUGUAUAGGACGUGUACACUACACUUCUAAAUGGUACUGUUUCUAAGCCAAACUAAUAUUAGUAGACUCAUUUUGUACAGGUGAAUUAUCUUGUUUUGUAUUUUGUCAGCACAGCUAGGUGUGUUUCGGCCAAGCAUCAUAAACGGUGUGGCUUUGGGCUAGUUGUCAUUUUUAACUAACGUAUGCAAAAAAAAAACAAAAAAAAGCAUCAGGGCACGGAGCCACGCUAAAAUCACCACUCGAGUGCACUGUGGUACAUUUUGCCUGACAACACUAAGAAAUAGCCAAUCUGCCUUUUGUUCUUUUCUUCUUUUUUUUUUCUUCUUUUUUUUUGUGUGAUUAAAAGGACGUGUCUUUUUAACUCUGGUAACCCGCCUCAAUUUUUGGCUAGAGCCGGCCCCGUCACAUUUCAAGCUGCCUAUGGCCUUUUUUUUUUCUUUUUUUUUUAACUGAGAAAAAGUGCCACGGUGUGUUGAUUUAAAAUUUCUAUUUGUGUGGUCAACGAACGGCUAAAGACUUGAAGCUUAUUGGCGGAGACUGUUAUACAAGUUUGACAUCAAAUCAAAACUUACUGUCGGGCAAUGGUUCUCUACUUAAAUAGUGCGGACCCAAACUAUUUGUUUUUUAUUCUGAUGGGUAGUUUGUUGUGUUCAUCUGUUGUAUUGGGUCUAAAGACUGAAAAGACGUCUGGGUCGGAGUUGAGAACCACUGCUGGUUAUAGGUAGCUUGUUUUUUUCUGUGGUUGACUUUGCCUUCUUAUUCCUCUGGUCAAGUCUGCUCAGUGCAAUCUGUUCAUUUAUUCUCUACAAUAAAAUAACAUGGUGCCA